GACGGAAAGGCUUCCGUUUUUUGAAUUUCCUGAAGUUUGCAUAUGGUAGCCAACACACAAUUUGUGCGUGUAAAAGCAGGAGGCUCAGGCGAAAACAGAUCAGGGCCCCAUCAAAAGCUGGGAUACGAAACGGGACAAGACUUCUAAAAAAUGGAUUUUACAGAGGCCUAUUCUGACAGAUGCUCUGCUGUUGGCCUUGCAGCUAGAGAAGGUGAUGUCAAAUGUUUGAAGAAGCUCAUCAGACAAGGAUAUAGUAUUGAUGUUCCUGAUAACCGAGGUUGGAUGCCAAUCCAUGAGGCAGCCUUUCAUAACACAAGCAAAUGCCUGAAGCAUUUAAUCUGUGCAGCACCUUCUGAUAACUACAUAAGAUCAAAGACAUUUGAAGGCACUUGUUCAUUACAUCUUUCGGCAAGUCGGGGGAGCUUGGAGUGUGCUGCUCUUCUCCUGGAAUCUGGAGCUGACCCUAAUGAGCUGACUAAUGAUGCAACAACACCUUUAUUUUUAGCUGUUGAAAAUGGACAUACUGAUGUGAUAAAGCUUCUUCUUCAACAUGGAGCAAAUAUUAAUGGGUCUCACUGUUGGUCUGAAUGGAAUUCCUUGCACCAGGCUGCUUUUCAGAGAUACCCUGAAAUAUUGAAAUUACUCCUUGACCAUGGAGCCAACAUAGAAUCUGUGGAUGACUUUGGGAUCACACCUUUAUUUGUUGCUGCCCAAUAUGGAAAACUGGAAUGUUUAAGGAUACUUAUCUCAUAUGGGGCAAACGUCAAUUGUCAAGCCACAGACCGAGCCACACCACUAUUUAUUGCUGCUCAGGAGGGCAAUGACAGAUGUGUGGAAUUGUUAUUAUCCAGUGGAGCAGAUCCAAACUUGUACUGUAACGAAGAGGAAUGGCAGUUGCCUAUCCAUGCUGCAGCACAAAUGGGGCACAGCAAUAUAUUACAAAUGCUCAUCCCAGUUACUGACCAGCUCUGUGGCCGUGCUGAAGGCAAAGUGAGUCCUGUCUACUCCGCAAUCUAUGGUGACCAUACAGAUUGCUUGGAAUUAUUACUCAAAGAAGGCUAUAGUCCAGAUGCCCAACCUUGUCCAGUCUUCAGCUGCAGAUCACCCAUGUCUCUGGCUAUCCAAAAAGGAUUUGGAUUAGUUCCUCUUCUUCUGAAGUAUGGCAUCACUCCUUUGGAAACAGAUCUAAACCACUUCCUGCGCCUGGGAAAUUUCUCAUUAUUUCAGCUUUUCUUGAAGCGGGGUUGCAAGUUUCCAAGUGGACAGCACUUGGCAGAAUUUUCAAAGUGUACAAUUAAUGCAGGAGGAAAAUAUAGAGAGUGGCUUCCUUCUCUCCUGUUGGCUGGGUUUAAUCCACUGAAUCCUCUCUGUAAGCCUUGGCUUUGUUCUUUAGAAAAUGAUGUCCUGAACUUCCUUCUGGAGUUUACUAACUGGAAGAGGCUUCCUCUGGAUGUUGAACAGAUCCUUUCUGUCCGUAAAGGAGCUUCCACUUGGGUGCCCCAUAGACACUUUGAAUGUAUCCCUUCUUUGUCUCAUCUUUGCCGUUUGGAAAUCCGGUCACUUUUAACAAGCGAUCGCUUACGAUCAGACCAGUUUGUCCACCAGUUACCAUUACCUGAUUGCUUGCAGAACUUUUUACUUUACUCAGACAUAUUACAUACAUAUGACAUUUCAGAACAUUGGCUUAAACUGUGGGAAGCAUAUGGAGAAAAUUCUUCACAAUCUUCCUCCAGUUCGGACAAUACAGAGAGAAGAGGAAUGUAAGACUGAUACAAGAAGAUUGUUAAGGUGCUAAAAAUUACAGCUGUUGCGAAGACCAAAUUGUUGAAUCUGAAUUAUAGUUUCUGCAAUAGACAACAUCUCUGCUGUUGAGCCUUACAAACUGUGCUUUCUACAAAGAUUUUUUUUGUAUGGUUGCCAACAAAUGAGUCUUUAAAUGUUUUUUUUCAAUCCAUCAAAUGUUCUAAUGGAUGAAAAUUGGAGCUUAGAGAAGUAAAUGUUAUUGAUCACUUCAGAAUAAAGAAAAAUGUCUCUGUAAAUGUAUUAAAUGGUUGUUCACUUUCAGAAUUAUAAAUGGAAUUAAUAAAGAUGUUACUGCAAUGGAUUCUACUCCAUAGUCUCACUUAAUGGAGUAUCAUCAGGUAAAGAACUUUCGUUAUUAUGUCUAAGACAAAACAUGACCAGCACCUUAGCACCUGCCAGUUAAAGGUGACAGUGCUGAACAGGACUGGCAAAUGGUUCAUUUUUAUAUGAAGUAAUUGUAAAAGCUGUUUGACAAUGAAAUACUCAUAUGCCUCUGUCUCGGUAUGGCAGAGCCACCUUUUUAGAGGUUUUUACAGGCUGGAUGGCCAUCUUAUGUGAGUGUUUAGAGUGUAUGGCAGAAGGAGGUUGAACUAGAUGGCCCUUGGGUUGUGUGCCAGCUGUAUGAUUUUAUGGGAAUUGUGAUGGUGGCUGAUGCGGACAGCACACUGGUCUGAAUUGGACUCAGUCCUUCUAUUAAUAUUGAAUCAAAGUUAUGGGUUGUGGUGCAGCUGGUUAGUAGUCAGCUGCAAUAAAUCACUACUGACCGAGAGGUCAUGAGUUCGAAACCUGGGUCGGAUUGAGUGCUCGACCAUUAAAUAGCCUAGCUCGUUGUUUACCUAAGCAACCCGAAAGACAGUUGCAUCCGUCAAGUAGGAAAAUUUAUGGACCGCUUAUGCGGGGAGGAUAAUUUAACUAAUUUACGUCACCAUAAAAAUGUCCAGCAGUGUGUGUGUGGAAGAUGAGGAAGUAUCCUAUCAAGGACUUGGUGUCAUAAUGGAUGAUGAAGCAGCAGCUCCCCUUGUGGCCGGAAUCGAGCAUACCCUCAUGAAGCCAGAAGCUGGAAAACGUUAAAUAGCUUCUGUGUCUUUGUCUCUGUGUGUCAUAUGUCUAAUGGCAUUGAAUGUUUCCCAUGUAUAUGUACAUUGUGAUCCACCCUGAGUCCCUUUUGGGAUGAGAAGGGUGGAAUAUAAAUACUGUAAAUAAAUAAAUAUGGGGUUGUUUCAAAGUUUUAGCCAAACUAAAUCAACCACUGACUUUUCUUAAUAGAGGGCUAAAACUAGUUAACCCUGAAAUGAACACUGGACAUUACAUAACGUUACGGAGACAGCCAAGAGCAACUGCACGGUAUGUGUGGGUUAUUAAUUCUAGGUAGACGAGACUUUGUCAACAAAUCCAGAAAACAAAAUCAUGGCCCAUAAAUUGCAGAUAUUCACUCUACAUUGCAAUCCCUCAACAAAGAGGACACCAGGCACCAGGGAUUGCAGUAACAGCAGGGCCAUUGCAUUAAUUUUCUGUAAAGUGAAGUCAUGAACAACAAAGUCUUGAGAUUAUAACUGCAAAGGCAAGUUUACAGUUGAACAUUAAGAAAGCACAGUUACCAUAGAUGAUUUAUAUAACAUUAAAACGGACAAUAUAUAAAUACUUUUAAGAUUUUCCAUACUUUGCCGCAGUUAUUAAUCAGAAUGGAUAUUGGAGUCAAGAUAUCAGACAAAUAAUAGGACUUGGAAGGGCAGCUAUGGAGGAAUUAUAGAAUAGUAGAGUUGGAAGAGACCUCAUGGGCCAUCCAGUCCAACCCCCUGCCAAGAAGCAGAAAAUCGCAUUCAAAGCACCUCCGACAGAUGGCCAUCCAGCCUCUGCUUAAAAGCAUCCAAAGAAGGAGCCUCCACCACACUCGGGCAGAGAGUUCGUGCCAAAUGACUCUCACAGUGAGGAAGGUCUUCCUAAUGUUCAGGUGGAAUCUCUUUUCCUGUAGUUUGAAGCCAUUGUUCCGUGUCCUAGUCUCCAGGGCAGCAGAAAACAAACUUGCUCCCUCCUCUCUGUGACUUCCCCUCACAUAUUUAUACAUAGCUAUGUGAAUAAGUACAGAUGAUCCCGAAGAGUAAAACUAUAUACUGGAAUAAUAAAAUUAGGAUUGUUCAUGUAGUUGUAUUUCCAAUUCGUAUGUAAGGGUGUGAAAGCUGGUCAUUAGAUAAAGCUGAUAGGAAGAGAACUAAUUUCCAAUGUGGUGCUAGAGGUUUUUAUCAUUACCAUGGACAGCUCAAAAGACAAAUAAAUGGCUCCUAGAGCAAAUAAAACCUAUAUUCUCUCUAGAAACCAUGAUGACCAAGCAGAGACUCUUAUACUUUGGAUAUUAUGAGGAAAGGACAAUAAUGCUUGAUAAGAUAGAAGCAGUAGGAAAAGAGAAGAUCACUUUCCAAAUGAAUAGAUUCAAUCAAAGAAGAUGAAGAAUUUGAGUCUGCAAGACCCAAGUCAUUGUUGAUCAUAAGAUGACUUGGAGGUGCCUAAGUCAUUGGCUUGCCAUUAGUCAAAGUCAACUUGAUAGCAGUUAACAAGAAAUAUGUAUUUUGGAUCAAAGGCUAAGAAUGUGAUAGCUUUUAUGUUCCUCUCUCGACUGCCUUUUAUUUUAAGGAUUUCAGUUUUCACUAGACAACAGAGUAAUCAUAUUCCAAUUCAACUUCUUAUUUCUGUCUAUGUCUCCAGUGUCACCCGCUCAAACAAUUUAUUAGCCCAAGGAGAUAGGAAGAAAUAAAUUCCCUUCUAAUGGCUCCCAGAGUAUUGUUUCUUAGGAAACAAGCUUCAUCCAGCUUAGACAUUUUGGAAAUUAUUGACAGAGGAGUAAAACAAAUCAAACCAUUUGUAGUCAGCUCCAAAACCUUUCACCCCUACAAACCACGCAAGCCUGAUUUGAUGUGCAGUGUGCUGCCCUGAAGCAUAUUCUAGAGAAACCCAUAAAAACCCGAGACAAACAGACACUGUAGAGAUUACUCCUUUAUAUAUGAAGCUCAACUGUGCUUUAAAAAGAGCGAGUAUAUAUGACAAUCCUGGAUUGAGUUGAGUCUUGGGACUCAGAGUUUGGGCUUUGGUAACAAAAGGGACAUGAAGUUGUAAUUUAUUUAAAAUUGAGAACUAAAUCACUAGUCUGUUGCAGAAAUUCUUCUAAAGUGAGGUAUGUUUUAUCGUGUUUGUAGCAUAUUUUCAUGGCUUUUAGAAACUUCUAAAUGUAUGCUUUUAAUAUGAUUGUUGGUUUGAUGUUAGUAUGUUCUGUUGUUUACACUGUAUUGUAUUUUGAGAAACACUGCUCUAGAGAACAUAUCUCUCAGUCUUCCAGCACAACUCUAUAAUCAACCUCCACUGGAAGCUGACCAUAUAAUUGCAUUGGAGGACCUAGAGAUUCCUAGAGAAAUGGUCUCCCUGAAAAUCUCUAGGGCCCUUCCACACAGCCAUAGAACCCAGAAUAUCAAGGCAGGUAAUCCACAAUAUCUGCUUUGAACUGGAUUAGCUGAGUCUACACUGCCAUAUAAUCCAGUUCAAUGUGGAUCUUAUACAGCUGUGUGGAAGGGGCCUUGGUCCUACAGUUGGCUGGAGAACCACACUGGAGGACUUAAGAGAAUCCUAAGGAGAAUGUUUUAAUCUAAUUCACAAAUAAUCAGAUCCACAAAAGUUAAAAAAAAGAAAUGUGGAGGGAUUGGUUUUUAAAUUUCAUCAUGAUGUGUUGUUUUAUAAUGAUGAUGUUAUAUUAUGUUUUAAAUUGUAUGUUAAUUUUCGUUGUGGUAUGUUGUUUUCUCAUGUACACUGCCCUGAGUCUCUUUGGGGAGAUGGAGGUGGGGUACAAGAAUAAAGUUGUUGUUGUUGUUAUUAUUAUUA